AAUUUUUUAAUUUCUAUUCAAGGCGUUUUCUAUUUGUUUUCUUGUAUUAAUGGAAGAAAAUUAAUUAAACAUUAAAUAUAAAUGGCGUUUCCAUCAAUCACCACUAUCUUGGGUGUAGCCUUCCUUGGCUACAUUGGCCACUCAAUGUGGAUGAUGGCCCAGUUGUUUACUACGCUCAAGUGCAGUGACAUUCCUUGCUACACUUCAUUUCUAACAAAUAAACCACGUAUGCAAUUGGCCCUGUUUACCUCGACAGGUGCAAAUCCCAUUUACACGGAGGUAACAAAACUGGAGUCAUUAAAGGAUUUUAAUUAUUGGGAACAUUACGAGAAAGACUACGAAAUUCAAGUGCCGGCGAAAACAAGACGCAAUGGCACCUUGCACAUGCAAGUAGUCUUGUCCCUGCAAGGCCAACCUUUAGAAUGGAAGACACUAAAAAGAGAUGGGCCCACUGUGAUACACAGUUUAAGUGUUACCGAAUAUAUGGUCCCAAAGGCUGAGGCAUUUAAUUUAUUAGGAGAGAGUAGUAACAAAGAGCAACAACAAGACUCAAAAUCAAAGAAGAAUUCAGCAACUGUAACUAAACCUAAAACCCACAUCAUGUCUGAAGUACAUGUAUCUCUACUUACCGAUUUGAUCUCACUAUCAGCCAAAGAUGUACCUCCCGAAAUGUCGCAACUUAUACAUGUUAAUCGUCAUCAACAGAUUUUACCGAUAUUAAAGACCGACUUUUUUAACAUGCGUAUGAAAAAUUUGGUUCCAGUCAAUCGCAAUAUGUCGACAUUUACUGUAACAUUUCAUUUCCGUCCCAUGAGCAUUGGGAAAUUACGCCUAAUGCUUAUGAUUGAGCAUGCAAUGAAGAUGAUGCUUCAAAUGGGCUUCACAAAAAAUGACGUAGAAGAAGUUAAAUCUGUGCUGUCCGAUACAAAUCUUUAUUUCCUCUUGGCCACAAUAUUUCUGGCUAGUAUUCAUACUCUCUUCGAUUUUCUUUCCUUCAAAAAUGACGUAAUAUUUUGGCGCAAACGGAAAUCAUAUCAAGGUCUUUCAACUCGAACUACACUUUGGCGUUGUUUUUCCCAGAUCAUCAUAUUUUUUUACUUGUUGGAGGAAAAAAGUUCAUUAUUGAUUUCAAUACCAGCUGGCGUUGGUGUAUUGAUUGAAUUAUGGAAAUGCAAAAAAAUACUUAAAUUAGAAAUCACACUAAAGGGUAUAUCCAAGCGUAUAGAUGAAGGCGAAGCAAAGUCAAAUGGUACUGCCGAAUCGAAAACAGAAGAAUUUGAUAAACAAGGCAUGCGUUAUCUCAGCUAUUUGUUGUAUCCGUUAUGUGUAGGUGGAGCAGUUUAUUCACUUAUUUAUCAACCGCAUCGUAGUUGGUACUCUUGGACAUUGAAUUCGCUAGUGAAAGGCGUCUAUGCCUUUGGUUUCCUAUUUAUGCUUCCCCAAUUAUUUAUCAACUACAAACUCAAGUCAGUGGCUGAUUUACCAUGGCGUGCAUUUAUGUAUAAGGCUUUUAUAACAUUUAUUGAUGAUGUGUUUGCCUUUAUAAUAACCAUGCCCACUGCCCACCGUGUUGCUUGCCUACGUGAUGAUAUUGUGUUCCUUAUUUAUCUGUAUCAACGUUGGCUGUAUCCAGUCGAUAAGAAACGUCUCGAUACUGGUCUUAGCAUUGAGGAGACUGUGGAUAAUGAAGAUUUGGCUGAACGUUUAAUUGAAGACGCAUCAGAAACAACUACUAGUAAUGUAGAAGAUAAAAAACUAAAGUAAUUAUAGAAGACUUUUUUUAUUUUAAUAAAUACAUUCCAUAUUUUAAUAUAGACAA